CAUUCAUCAGUGAUGUCCCAGGUAACUAACAACACCCAAGACCCUUUCUACUUCAUCCUCACGGGCAUCCCUGGAUUGGAGUCAUCCCACAUCUGGAUCUCCAUCCCCUUCUGCUGUCUCUACACCAUCUCCAUCGUGGGCAACACCACCAUCCUCACCGUCAUCCGCACAGAGACAUCCCUCCACCAGCCCAUGUACCUGUUUCUCUCCAUGCUGGCCCUGACUGACCUGGGUCUCACCCUCAGCACCCUGCCCACAGUCAUGCAGCUCCUGUGGUUCAACAUUCGUAAGAUCAGCUUUGAAGCCUGUUUUGCCCAGUUCUUCUUCCUCCAUGUAUUCUCUUUCAUGGAAUCCUCUGUCCUUCUCGCUAUGUCCUUUGACCGCUAUGUGGCCAUCUGCCGCCCUCUCCAUUACACCUCUAUCCUCACCAAUGAAGUCAUUGGCAAGAUUGGCUUAGCCAUCAUUUGCCGCUGUGUGCUGGUUGUUCUGCCUGGUCUGUUCCUACUCAAGCGCCUGCCCUUCUGCCGCUCCCACCUCCUCUCUCACUCCUACUGCCUCCACCAGGACAUGAUUCGCCUAGUCUGUGCUGACAUUCGGGUAAACAGCUGGUAUGCAUUUGCUCUCAUCUUGCUUACUAUUUUGAUGGACCCACUGCUCAUUGUGCUCUCCUAUGUAAUGAUUCUGAGAAGUGUUCUGCUGGUAGCCUCUAUGGCUGAGAGACUUCACGCCUUCAAUAACUGCCUGUCCCAUAUUGCAGCUGUUCUGGUUCUCUAUGUCCCCAUGGUUGGUGUAUCUAUGACUCACCGCUUUGCCAAGCAUGCUUCUCCACUUGUCCAUGUUAUCAUGGCCAACAUCUACCUGCUGGCACCUCCUGUGAUGAACCCCAUCAUUUACAGUGUAAAAACCAAACAGAUUCGACAGGGAAUUCUCCACCUUUUUUCCCAAGGAAAUAUGCAUUAG